CCAUGCACAGGCUGUUCAUGGUGGGCGCGGUAUCUUCUCUCUGGUGUCAGUGAUGUUAUAAAACUGAUACGCAUCACACGUUUUGAAGAUUUAAUAUAGAUGCAAUAUUCUUUAAGAUCGUAAUGAAGAUGUUCAACGUGUGGGGAAACUUGUUGGUCUGCUGUGUUGUCGGGUUCAGUCCAUCUGUAGCCCAGACACCAGAGCAGACCAAACAGAUGAAUGGCAUUGUGGGAGGAUCUGUCACAUUUCCAGCUCCAGUGUUGAAAACUGGCACCCUGUCAUAUAAAGAUCUAGGAGCUGCAGCCGUGGUGCUGAAAGGCAGCAGUGAGACAGAGUUUAUAAAGCAGUUCACUGGCAGACUGCAGUGGGACAAUCAGACUGGACUCUUCACCAUCACACAUCUGAGGACAGAGGACUCUGGGACGUAUAUUGUGAACUGUAAAGAAGAACAGAGUAAACUCACAUUUACGUUCCAGCUGGAAGUCUACAAGAAUGUGUCCACACCCACAGUGACAUGGAUACAAUCAGAGAGAAAGAACUGCUCAGUGCUGUGCUUUGUGGAGAAUGGAAGAGAGGUCACUCUAUCCUGGCUGAGAGAUGGGGAGAGGCUAUCCUGCACCAGCAGCCCUGAUACCAACACCUCUUUGUCUCUCCUUCUGGAGUUAGAGAGAGAGGGACACACCUACUACUGUGAGACAGAGAACCCUGUCAGCUCACAGCUCUUCCGGCUGGAUGUACCAUCUAACUGCACUGAGGAUUCAGGGUUCAGCCCAUCUGUAGCCCAGACACCAGAGCAGACCAAACAGAUGAAUGGCAUUGUGGGAGGAUCUGUCACAUUUCCAGCUCCAGUGUUCACAACUGGCUCCCUGUCAUAUAAAGAUCUAGGAACUGCAGCCGUGGUGCUGAAAGGCAGCAGUGACACAGAGUUUAUAAAGCAGUUCACUGGCAGACUGCAGUGGGACAGUCAGACUGGACUUUGGACCAUCACACAUCUGAGGACAGAGGACUCUGGGACGUAUGUUGUGGACUGUAAAGAAGAACAGACAACAUUCCAGCUGGAAGUCUACAAGAAUGUGUCCACACCCACAGUGACAUGGAUACAAUCAGAGAGAAAGAACUGCUCGGUGCUGUGCUUUGUGGAGAAUGGAAGAGAGGUCACUCUAUCCUGGCUGAGAGAUGGGGAGAAGCUGUUCCACACCAGCAACCCUGAUAUCAACACCUCUUUGUCUCUCCUUCUGGCGUUAGAGAAAGAGGGACGCAUCUACUACUGUGAGACAAAGAACCCUGUCAGCUCACAGCUCUACCGGCUGGAUGUACCAUCUAAAUGCACUGAGGAUUCAGAUCAGAAAGCUGCCCCUAGGAAAUACACCAUCCCCCUCGCUGUGGGAAUGUGCUCACUGCUUGUUCUUACAUGUGAGAUGGGAAUUAUGUAUUUGUGCUUGCUGAGAAGAAGGCGGCGUUUUGUACAAGUUGAGAAGAACAUCAAACUGACCACUGUGUACGAUGAAGUUCAGCCGUGCACAGUCUCUGCUGCUGAACAGUGCUGACAGAGUGGAGUGUUCUCAGGAGGUCUGUUUGUGUUGGUGCUGUUGCCAGGUGCUGCUGGGAGCCCCUGGGUAGCACAUAAUUGGCUGUGGCAACACCUAUAGAAGGAAUCCGAUUUCAUACUGCACCUGGUCAUUCAGCCUGUGGCCUGCCUGUGCUUGCAACUGCCUGUGCUAGCUUGCGCCCUCCAAGUUUAACAGGGGAUGUUGCAGAGGUGGGAUAUUUUAAGGGUCUUCAAAGAUUGUCCUGCGUGAAAUUUUUGAGAGGAUAUUUAAAUUAAAAUUCAAUGGACAUUGUUUCCAACAUUUUACUAAAAUAUAUUUACAAUGUAACUUUUGAAUAUUUUUUUAAAUGAAAAUAUAUUUAGAAGAAUGAAGGAAGGAUUGUUUUGGAGUAACGAUGCACAAUUGUCAAGGAGACCCUGCAGCAUUUGAGAGAGAAUUUGUAUUCAUUAUAUAAAAUACCUAUUAUGCAACAAUAAAGCGGUACAGAUUUCAGAAUUGGGUGGCUCUCCUUUUCACAAUAUUAAACCCCGUCUCAGUGCCAUUGAAAAACUACAAAUCCCUAAUGUCUUAGUUUUGCACAUCGUGUCUGGUCAUUAUUGAAUUAGUGUGGUGUUUUGGUCUUUGUGUUUGCUUGCCUGUGUGCAGCUCCAGCUUGUUGUUUUAUUUUUGACGCUGAUGUCCCAAGUAAAGAUUUGCUUUCACCAAGCC